AUGGCCCAAGCUACCAGAGAGCAUUUGCUCUUCAUGCUCUGGAAGCCAGAAGAGAAGGAAUUAAUCUCUCAGAUCAAGUCGAGAUUUCCACAUAUCGACAUUACAUACCACCAGACUGCGGACAAUAAAACGCGCGCUGAGUCCAAGGGUUCUGUGAAGGAUCCCAUACUAGAAGAACUGUAUCGACAAGCAACAAUUUUGGUAACUCUGCAUGAUAUCCCCGCCAGCACCGACGAGGCGCCCAACCUACGAUGGAUCCAUUUCUUCACCGCGGGAAUCGAUCGGUUCUUGAGUCAUCCGUGUGUGACUGACCCCAAGAUCACCAUCACAACGAGCAACGGCAUCCACGGUCCACCGGUAGCUGAAUGGGUUCUACUGAACAGCCUGGCUUUCAGUAGAUUCCAUGACCUUACUCGGAAUUGGCAGAAAGAACAUACGUGGGGACAACUCGACCAACACUGGUCUGGCUGCGACUGGUACGGGACGCGUGUGGGAAUUGCGGGCUACGGCAGCAUCGGACGCCAAAUCGCGCAUGUCUUCGACGCCCUUGGGGCAGACAUUAUCGCAUACACCGCAACACCUCGGCCAACAGUAGCUGAGCGAGCAGACCGAGGCUAUAUUUUGCCAGGCAGCGGAGACCCGGAGGGCAAAAUACCCAAAGCGUGGUAUUCUGGCACCUCACGUGAAGAAUUGCAUGACUUUUUAAAAUCCGGCUUAGAUAUGCUGGUGAUCAGCUUACCACUCACGCCUGCGACAAGGCAUAUGUUUGGAAAGGCUGAGUUCGAAGCUUUGGCUGAAAAAGGGCCCAGGCCAGUAUCAACCUCUAUUGGCGACAAGCUGCGUGGUCCUAAGGAAACGGGAUGCUUUUUGCUGAAUAUCGCACGUGGUCCGAUCAUAGACCAGGAUGCGCUCAUAGACGCUUUGAAUUCGGGCAGCCUACGGGGCGCGGCAUUGGACGUCACGGACCCAGAACCACUUCCGAAAGAGCAUCCGUUAUGGGAGGCGAAGAACAUCAUCAUCACGUCACACCUCAGCACUCUUGGGGUAGAAUACUUCCAUCGUGCGUUAGACGUCUUUCUUACGAAUCUGGAGCGACAAGGUUACGGGCAAGAGAUGUUCAACAUAAUGAAGAAGGACUAG